UUAAUAUAGUAAUUAAAUAAUGGACGAGGUUCUGUUAGAGAGUUUGACACUGAAAUUUAGUGAAUUAUUUAAGAACAUUUCAAGUCUUUAGGAAAAGAGAGAGACAGUCUAAGAUGAGAAUGAGCAUUUGAGGCAAUUAAUUUAGGAGGAAUAAGAUUAAUUGGAAAUGAAUUCCGGAGAGUCUUCUGAUGAUGAAACUGCAUUCCAAGAUAUUGAGUAAAAGUGGAAAUAGAAAUUAGAGGAGAAAAAAGAAUCUGAUAUGCAAAUGAAGGAAGAAAAUAAUUUGAAAAGUCAAUUAGUAAAAUUACGGAAUUUAAAUUUAGUACAUGCAUCUUGAAGGUAUCCAAAAUGAAAUCAUAGAAAUGAAAAGUAGUAUCUAAUAGUCAAAAGAAUCGGAGGCUGAUUUAUAAUAAAGAAUUGAAGAAACUACUCAAAAAAUAGAUGAUUAUCAAAAUAAAAUACAAAGGGCUGAGUAAAUUAAACUUCAAGUUGAGAAACAAUUAUAAGAAGUAUAAUGCCUUUUGUAAUAUUAAGCAAAAUGAAAAGUAUUUAUAAGAUAGCGAAAAAGUUAAGGCAGUUCAAGCCGAAGUUAGAAAUCAACUCUAAGCUAAUGCCAUGGGAGACAAGAGACAAACUGAAUUGGAAAAGAUAAUAUAGAAAUAGUGGGAAGAACUAUAAAAAAGAGUAAACUAUCCAUCAUAUGCAAGGCAUAAAGAAUACAAGUGUUAUAAAAUAAUAUGAAUAUCAUUUCGGGUAAAAUACAAAAAUCGCAGAAGAGUGAACACAUUUACUAAAAAUUGAAGGAUGAAAACACCAUACUCGCCUAAGAAAAUAUUUAAAUCAGAGAAAAAUUGAAUUAGUUAAUUAGUGCAUUGCCAUAACAUAUGAAGAAGGGAAAUGUGAAGGGCAAAUAAAAAAGCAAAAAAGAAUUCUUGGAACUCUAUGAUGAAUCAAUAUGCUCCAAUUAAAUUAAAUUAAGACAUUUAGAAUAAAUAAGAGAAGAGCAUCAAUAAAACAUUAAUAGUUUACAUGUAAGAUUUAUAGUUUAAAUCUAAUUCUUAGAACGAAAUAAUUCAAUUGGAAGAAAAAUACAAUUAAAUGACUCAAAAUGUGAAAAAUCUACAAGAGCAAUAUCUAGAAAUUGAAUCAUCUUGUAGAGAGUUCAACGAAGAAGAAUAUGUAAAGAGAAAUUGUCCAAAUUAUUAUAAAGUUAAAAAGGGAAAAUGA